CCAUCUAUGUAGAAAGCUAACAAAUUUUUCUUUCCAGAGUCUCUAUCUUUAUUAAAUACAUACACAUCCAUUGCCCACUAGGAAGCUCAUGAUCGAUUUCAGAGCCUUUGUCUAACAAUCCAAAUUCAAUCAUUGGCCAGUUGGUAAUUAGGCUUUUGAACCAGAGAUGAGAUUCUUUGUCUCAGCUCUCUUCUCUCUUGUCAUCUUUUCAUAUGCAGCUGCAUUUGAUCCCUUGGAUCCAAAUGGAAACAUAACAAUAAAAUGGGAUAUCAUGUCUUGGACACCAGAUGGCUAUGUGGCAGUUGUGACUCUGAACAACUUUCAAAUGUAUCGGCACAUCAUGAGCCCGGGGUGGACUUUAGGAUGGACAUGGGCUAGAAGAGAAGUGAUAUGGUCUGCGGUGGGUGCUCAAGCCACGGAGCAAGGUGACUGCUCUAGGUUCAAAGGGAACAUACCUCAUUGCUGCAAGAGAAACCCCACAUUUGUGGACUUGCUUCCUGGUGUUCCUUACAACCAGCAAUUCACAAAUUGUUGCAAAGGUGGAGUGCUAGGUGCAUGGGGCCAAGACCCCUCAGCUGCUGUCUCCGCCUUCCAGCUCAGUGUGGGAUCAGCUGGUACUUCAAACAGGACGGUGAGGCUUCCCAGGAACUUCACUUUGCUAGGCCCAGGACCAGGAUACACCUGUGGCAGGGCAAGAGUUGUGCCUCCCACAAUUUUCUUGACACCUGAUCGACGCCGAAAGACUCAGGCGUUGAUGACCUGGAAUGUGACCUGCACUUACUCACAAAUUCUGGCCAGAAAAUACCCAAGCUGUUGUGUAUCUCUCUCAUCUUUCUACAAUGACACAGUUAUUCCUUGUCCACCUUGUACUUGUGGUUGCCAAACCAAGGACAAUUGUGUCAAAAGUGACUCCAAAAUUCUGAGCACGGUGGGAGUUAACACUCCGAAGAAAGACAAUAAGCCGCUGCUGCAGUGCACAAGGCACAUGUGCCCGGUUAGAGUGCACUGGCAUGUGCAGCGUAACUAUAAGGAUUAUUGGCGUGUGAAGGUUUCGAUCACGAACUUCAACUAUCGGAUGAACUACACGCUUUGGACUCUGGUUGUUCAGCAUCCUAAUCUCAACAAUGUCACACAAGUGUUCAGCUUUGAUUACAAGCCUCUUGUUCCUUACGAGUCUAUAAAUGACACUGGUAUGUUCUAUGGCUUGAAAUUCUUCAACGACCAAUUAAUGGAAGCCGGGCCAUUUGGGAACGUUCAGUCGGAGAUCCUGCUUCGAAAGGACAGGAACGCAUUCACUUUGAAGGAAGGGUGGGCAUUUCCUCACAAAGUCUACUUCAAUGGUGAUGAGUGCCAGUUACCCCCUCCUGAUGCCUACCCCUUUCUGCCCAACUCUGCCUAUCAAAAUCUACUUUCCUUCUCAACAUUCAUUUCAUCAUUCAUUUUCUUCUUGAUAGCCAUUUGGUGAUUUGGCUGAUAGAUUUCGGAAUUGUGGCGAUAUGGCUAAUAAGUUUUUUGAAGCAAAGGUCUAAAGGAUAAUUUGCACAUAGAAAUGAAGGAUAGACACUAAAAUUCCAAGGGCUCUUUCUUUGACGAACUAAACUUGACUGAUUCAUAUGUAUCUUGUGAAUAGAGUGGGUCUGGUAUUUGAGUUUCUAUGUUCUAUCAUCAUCAGGAAUAUAGUAUCAUGUAAGUAGAUCUUUGUUUUUUUUGAGAGAUGUAAGUAGAUCUAUUAAAUUCUGCUCUGUGCUGCAAUUUGAAUUUAAAUUAAUGCUGGUGAUAUUUUUGUAUAUGGCCGGCAACUUGAAGAUCAAUUAAAAUUUCGAAAAAUUAUAUAUGCAUUUGCACCUAACAAGUUAAUGCUUACAACUAACCUUCUCAAUAGGGAAGGUAUUAGAGAAUGACUAUUAUGAGUCAAUGCUUAUCAAAUGACAUCUUCAAUUUAAUGCAAAACUGCCAUGAUUUGAUUGAAUCAAUCCGGUCAUCUGAGAUGUGAGAACGAAAAACAACUGUAAGAUCGAUACUAUGAUCAGACUCAAUAGCUAGUUAAUCAUUCUUAUUGAUUUACAAUCACGAUUACAAUACCCUGGUCACUCUACAAGUGAGGGGUUGACUACAUGAAUAUACACACAACACAAUAGCCAGAAGUAACCCACUCUUAUGUAGUAUCAAGAAACAAAAAUGGACACCAGCAGCAUACUCGAAUCCAUCUAACUUCAUGGUGGAA